GAUAGAAAUUCCGAAACUAUAUUAAAGCUUUCUGGUUUAACAUAUAUUUUAGAUGCUAUUUUUGAACCAAACAUUGUAGAGAUAGUGUCAACUCUAGUUAGCGAGUCUGUAGAAAAUAUUGGUCAAAUCUUUGGUUCCCUCUGCCAUAGUUAUACGGGAGAGCCUUCAAAAAUUCAACUAUUAAGUGACCUUUAUGAUGAAUUUGUGAGCUCAGAUACUCAGCCUAAAGCCGACUUAGUAAACCAAGAUGCGUUGAUGAAUAUACUUCUUGACAAAUAUGAAAUUGUAAAAAUCGAUGAAGUAAAAAUUGCAGAUGCAAACCAUAUCGACGAAAUAAAACAUCUUAAAUCAGCGUCAACGAAUAUCGAUGUGUAUUCUAAAGUUUUGUUGGAUCAAUUUGAUAACCUAAUCACACAAGAUGAGGCUGGAGUAUCACAAAGUAUUCCAGAUUUAAUCAAAACUGCUGUGCAGCAUCCGCAUUCAUACCUUUUUGCUCAAGCAUUGAUUAAACGCUUAUCUGAAGAACAAAAUGGCUAUCCACUAAGGAAAUUGGCAAAAGAAUUAGAAAAAGCGGCUCCACCGCUGCAAAUUGCGACUUCUAUUUUACGUAUUCCACCGACUCCUGGAGAUAUAGUAGCUGUAAAUAAAACCAUAAAUAUGAAACCGGACAUUAAAGAGAAGUAUCUAUAUCUUGCAGCUUAUGCUGCUUCUGCCGAAGAACGAAAUGAUGGACAGAUAGACAACUCUAGAGUUAACACGACAUUUGAAACACUCAAGAGACUCUCAGCUACCUUGUCGAAAAAGGGAGUUAUAGGCCUUGAAUUUAAUGCUAUCGUUCAAGAUCUUUUGGUAUAUAUUGAGUAA